GCCGCCAAUCCUCAUCGACGGCCGGCAGCGAGAUCAUGACGACGGGCUGGGCGCUCGCGUACGGCGGCGCGCUCGUGCUUCGCGCCGCCAGCAUCUUCUCCAUGGGGAUGGUCCAUCCCGACGAGUUCUUCCAGUGCCCCGAGGUCAUGGCCCGCGCCGUCUACAACGUCUCGAGCGCCUUUAUUCCCUGGGAGUACCAGCCGUCGGCGCCGAACCGCUCAAUUCUCUUCCCGUCCCUUGUAGCCGGCAUUCCAUACGCUGUGGCCAAAGCGCUCGGCGUUGCGCCAUCCGGUCUGCUCUUUCUGGUCGUGCCACGUGUCAUCUUGACGCUGCUUUCGCUGGGCUUUGACACCGCCAUCUACACGCUCGCGCGUACAUACGAUAUCGACUACAAGGGCCCGCUCCUUGUCUUUGCCACGUCGUGGACGACGCUCGUCUUGCUCACGCGGUCGUUCUCCAACACGUUUGAAGCCUUCCUGCUCAUGCUGAGCUUUGUCGUGCUGCAUACAACGACACCGCGGCAAUAUGCUGGCGUCGUAUCGCGCCAGAAUCUGCUUCUCGGCGCGCUCUUGGCCUUGGGCUCAUUCACGCGCUUCACGUUCCUCCUCUUCUUCUUCCCACUCGGCCUCGCGCUCGUCGCUUCCAACGACGCGCUGCUGUGUGCGUCCUUGGCCAAGAAGUCCGAUGUCCACACGCCUAGCCCAUUCCAGCGGCUAAUUGGUGUCGGCGCGACAGGUCUCGGGGGUGCCAUCGCGUUCGUCCUCACGUCCAUCGGCGUUGUGCUCGUCGACACGUGCUUCUUCCGCGGCUGGGAAGCUCUCUACGAUGUGCACUCAUGGGUCGUCGCACCGUGGAACAACCUCGUGUACAACAUGAACCCGGCCCACUUGGCAGCCCACGGCCUUCACACGCGAUCGAAUCACUGGUUGAUCAACAUGCAGCUGCUCUUUGGCCCGCUCCCGGCGCUCGCUCUGCUCUACGGCCGCCGCCACCGCCUCCUUCUCGCCUCGAUCGUCGUGCCAGUCUCGCUGCUCUCGCUGGCGCCGCACCAAGAAGCGCGGUUCCUUUUGCCAGUGGUAUUCCCGCUCAUGCUCGCCAGUGGGCCCGCGUUGGCAGCGUCCAAGCCGCUGCAGGGUCUAUGGGCCGUCUUUAAUACGCUGGUCUACUUGUGGUAUGGCGUAUUGCACCAAGGCGGCUUGGUGCCGAUGCUCCUCUCGUCGUCGACGCCAUACUGCAAACACAUUUCCCUUACCAAUGUGCAUACGAUCUUGAUGUCGGGCACGUACAUGCCCCCCCGCUUCGCAUUGAGUCCUCAUGCGAUUCAUAUCGUCGACGAGCGGCUUGAAGACAUGCAGGCGCCGCUCGACGCCCUCGUGCAGUCGCUUCCCCGCGACGCGCGUGGGCGUACGGGGGCGGUGUUUGUGUACCCUGCGCCAUUGGCCGCCGACGUGGAAGCCCUAAUCGCUGCCAUUCCGCACCUGGGCCUCGACACCACGGAACCCAUGGGCACGUGUGGUCCGUUCCUCGCGAUGGAGAGCUUGCCGACCAACGUGUUGGAUUUGACCGAGUGGUCGUUGCGGCUGCAGCAUAUUGUGGUGCGAGGCGACGAGUGAGCCGUGCUCUGUGAUGUUAACGUCGUUGAGAAUCAGCGUUUCAGCAGCACUUAGUAGUCUUGGAUUUGGGAUUUGGAUGACGUAUGUACCUACUGCCG